UCCGGACAUCCUUGGUCCUUAACCUCCUGGAGCUUCAAGGAGUUUUGAGAGAUGUAGACAAGUAGGGUACGCUCACACAAUGCCUAUCACAGAGAAAAUGGUUGUGCUGGAUAUGUGGAUGACUGGAAUACAAACAGGACCAUAUAUGUAGGAGAAUAGUAGUUAUAGACUGGUACUUAAGACAAAUUGGAACAUUGAAUGGAGAGUCGCUAUUUAGGGAUACUCUGAAGAACUUGCACCUGUAAUCAUAAACACGUGGGAAGUGGAAAGAGGAGGAUCAGCAGUUAGAAGUCAUCCUCAACUACAUUGAGGGUUUGAGGCCAGGCUGGAUGACAUGAGAACCUGUCUUAAAAAUAAAAACUUAAAAAGGCAGAAAAUAGAAUGGAGAAGUAUUGGAUUUGGUGUUCUUUGGGGGCUCCUCUCUUUCUUAAUGUGUACAUUGUAGGAUUUUGAAAAUCUCUUAGUAUAACCUUAGAACGCACAAGAAAGGAAGUCUUUCAAUGUAAUGAAAAGCUAAGCUAAUGAGGAGCUGCAGGAGACACUGCCUACAUCUAUGGUUUGAACAGACACCAUACACAUACAUCUGCCCAGGCUUGGCCUCAAAACCAGUGGGCCUGCUGCUUGUAGUGAUUUUGGCAAGCUAGCAUAGUGUCUUUGAGCCACUGUGGCCUUAGCCAGGAAUCUGGGCAAGUAAUUCCUACAUCAUAGAGGUAUUGUGAAGGCCAGGUGAUGACCAGGGGGCUACUGUGGUGUACAGGGCCUGGUGUCAGGUCGAAGGACCAGGAAGAGAAGCCUGAGUCUGCUGCAGUUCGGUCCAUGUGUAGUCUCAGGCCCACCAGACCUCCAGUCCCUCCAAAGAGAAUCAGAACCAAAGGGAGACAGGGAGAGCCAUGGAAUCCUCCGUGAGGUUUGGAUGUCUCACCCUAGAGCAGAGAGACAGCGGUGUUGGAGCAAUGUCAUGUGGCCUGUGCUUUGGACCGUGGUGCGGACCUAUGCUCCCUAUGUCACCUUUCCUGUGGCCUUCGUGGUCGGGGCUGUGGGCUACCACCUGGAAUGGUUCAUCAGGGGAAAGGACCCUCAGCCUGUGGAGGAGGAGAAGAGCAUCUUGGAACGUCGAGAGGACCGAAAGCUGGAUGAGCUGCUAGGCAAGGACCACACUCAGGUGGUGAGCCUUAAGGACAAACUGGAAUUUGCCCCCAAAGCAGUCCUGAACAGAAACCGUCCAGAGAAGAAUUAAUGGAGGGCCCAGGUCCCUGCCGCCAUGUCGACCCAGCUUCAGAACAUACAUCUGAUUUGCUUUGCUGCUCACUCCGGCCCCUUCUGCACCCCACAGCCACACACACAUACUGGUUGGCCCUUUAUGGCUGUCCAGCUGCAGCAGUAGGGGCCGACCAAGAGGAAGACUGCGUCUGUUGAAUGGGCUGUCUCCAUGACAGUGCAGGCUUCUGAUCUUACCUGGGAGCUCCAGCCCAGGGGAAUGAACACUGCUCUCGGGCUCCCUGGGGAGGGGCGUGGCCUCAGCUGGGAAUGGUUGGGGUUUGUUGUUGCCAUUAGGAGGGGCACCUCCAUGUCUAGUUCUACUUUUUGCACUGGAAAGAAUCAGAAAUCUCCCUGGCUCCCUUGAUGGGUUUUUCCUAUUCUCUGGCACAUGUGUCCCUUUAUCGGCUCAGGAGUAGAUUCUCAGGGGAAGGAAAGCAUGUUUCUGUUGUGGGGAGCUCAGGCUGUUGACCUUGGGGCAGAAGGGGUGUACACCUGGAGAUAAUCACUGUCUUCCCCCCUUCCUCACUGUGUAGUGAGAACCUCCAUUAAAGUGGCACCGGAGACACA